CACUUCUUUUUAAUAAAUUGGUUUACAAAACCGGCGAGUGUAAUUUUCCGAAAAGUAGAAAAAAAAUAAAAUUGCAAUUUCACUUUUUUUUAAAAACAUAUUUUCCCGACCGAACCGAAUGUGGGACGAAACGAAAAAAAAAACGAAUGUUUUUAAGUACGAAUCGAAAUUUUUGACUGAAUACACUAUCUUAAACACAUUAUGCAUACAACGAUAAAAGCCGAGGUAUUGUAGACUGGUUUUCAUAUCGGUAACAUGAUUCAUAAAUUUCGAUUAAAAACACGUAAAGCAGUCAUCCAUCAUGGCAGCCCCCACGAUGAGUGCGUGUUUUUUAAGCUGACUUUUUGGGGUGCAUCGUCUUUUAAAUCUGGACAAAACAAGGUUUUUUUGCGUGCCGACAUUAGCGAACAAAUAGAGGUACGGCUAUCAGACAAGAAAAGGCCGUCCAUGGAAGGGAAGUGUGUCCCCACCGAGGCCGACAAAAGGCACAAAUCUCAUCUGAAUGCAACCCAAGUUCGACAGCAUGUGUCAUGUCAGGAGUGCGGAAAGAGGCGUGUGGUGUACUGCAGGCACCGCCUGAGUGCAGAACAGUCAAGGCAAAUCAUGACCCUACAAGACUCCGUGUCCUUCACAUGUGGGUCAUCCCUAUUCCCAGAGAGUCAUCCACUGCAUGACGAAAUCUUCGUCCGGGAAGGUCUAAACUGUCAGACAGAUAUUGAGACUACAUAUUACUCUGCUGUGACACAGAAGUUUCAGCCUAUCUGUUUUUUCUGUGGGGACCCAAACAUUCUUGGCAAUGAGGAGGAGCCCCUGGCUACCUUGAAGACUCAAUACAGCACUGUUCGCCCCAUAUGCAGGGGAUGUUUGGAAUCUGGGAAGGAACCAGCUGUUAGGAAUGCCCUAAAAAUGAAAAAAAAAAAAGAAAUGAACUGUCAGACAUUCUGGAAGUUCUAGGAACAGUGUUUUCAGGCUUUAGGCCUUCUAUACUAUUACCACAAUGUGUGCACACAAGAGUAUAGAUUUUUGUCAAACUUAGCCGACUAUAAACUGUAAAUACGUUAUGAUGUUCAUAUAUUCGUUAACACAUUGGAAGUUUUGAAGCAUCACCUUUUGUCAUGGCAGUGUGUUUGUUCACUGAAGUCAUGUACAUUUUUUUCAUGGAUUUCAUGUAAAUCCAAGAGCUGAUCUAAGUUAAAUAUUAAUGUUGUGCAGGUAUUUUUAAAUGUUAUACCAUCUUGGACAUUCAAUGAUAUUAAAAUGUUGGUAUGUUUGAAUUUUUAUAAUAACAGGAAUGACAAGUAAAUGGAAAGGAUAUUUGAUGUUUUAUUUAUUUCUCUGAUUUAAGUCAAU